GGUGUUUGAUGUUUUCAUUCCGUGUCGCAGCGGACUCCAGGACACCGUUUAUUUUGGUCGGGGCAUCGCUUUGCACCGCAGCAAACAUAAAUGAAAAUCUUUCACUGAAAAGUGAAUUGGCGUAAGUGGAGAGAGAUCGCGGAGGGUAGAGAGACGAGCGGCGGCCUGCACAGCGUGAGGGGCAGCGAGAGGGAGGCACUAGGGGCAGCAGGAGGCACUGACGGCGGCCCCGGCGGCGUCCUGGUCACAGAUUGUUACCCCCGGGGAAAGUUUUAAUAGCUGUGGAGCUAUUAAAUAGCUAUUAUUAAUAGCUGUGAAGGAGGUAGUGUGGCGGUGUUCUUCCCUGGCAGCAGCAGCAGCCUCCACGUGGCUGUCUGGCCCCUCGUCACGCCGCCUACAACACCAGCUGUAUCCUACAACACCAGCUGUAGUGUUGAUGUGUCGUCACUGAGGCCAGUUGUCUGGUGGUAGCUGUAGAGAGAGAGAGACACGUGUAGAGUUUAGCAGUGUUGCAGUCAUGCCUGACGGAGAGACUUCUCAGUGUGUGGAAACUACCCGGGUAUCAAAUAAGGGCAUCCCAAACCAAGGGAAUUGUCCUGCAGCAUCGAAGCCAAGUGCUGACGAGUCCAAAGAAGAGGGUUGUGAUGAAGCCAAUGGCAUAGUACUAUUAGAAGACGGAAAUUAUACGUCAAAACAAGACUGUACCUCAGACAAUGACAAUAUAGCUAAAGAGUGUGAUAAUUUGCUUUCUGAGAAAGACGUACCUUCAGGUGAUUUCGGUAAUAGUGCUCAGUCACUGAAUAGCACUGCACAAACGACCAAAGAAUCUCACAUCAAAGUGAAAGAAACAAACAUGGCUGAAACAAAGCAUAACAGACAGCAAAAGAAGGACAAAAAGAGAAAAGAUAGAGAUUCUGGAGUUGAAGCCAUUUCUGCUGCACUCAAGGCUCUUCCGGCAGAACAACAGGUAUCAACGCUACUGGCCAAAUAUGCAGAACUUGCCGAGGACAAUAGGCACCUGCAGGGUAGUGUAAAGUCUGUCGAGCGUCAGCUGCAAGUGUUGCAGAAGGAGAAGGACCAGAUGGAGUCGGAACACACCAAAGUAAUCCUUACAAAAUCGAGAUUGGAGUCACUCUGUCGUGAAUUACAAAGACAAAACAAGGUUAUUAAGGAUGAAAAUUUGACUCGGUUACGAGAAGAAGAAGAACGGAGGAAGGAAGUGUCAGCCAAGUUCAAUACUACCUUGUCAGAAAUAUCUAACUUGAUGAAGGAAAAUGCUGACAAAAACACGCAACUAAGAGACGAGAACCAAGACAUGGCUGGCCGACUGCAAGAACUAAUCAAACAAUAUGAAGAAAGGGAAUCGCACGUGGAUAAAAUGCUGCAGCAGAAAGAUCUUCAGUGCCAACUGUUGGAGGCAAAGAUGGCAAAACAACAAAUUGAGGUGACUGAGGAUAAAGAAAAGAUGCUUAUUGAAAAGAAAGGUCUCUUGGAGGAAGUUGCCUCUUACCAGCAUAAGACGCAGCAAAUGUCCAUGAACGAGAUAAGCCUCCGUACGCAACUUAACUCGUAUAUGGAGAAGUAUGAAGAUUUCCAAAAUACUCUAGACAAGUCAAACAAGAUUUUCAAUACUUUUAAGAAAGAAAUGGAUGAGAUGACGAAGAAAAUCAAGAGACUUGAAAAAGAGACCAAGACUUGGAAGGAACGUUGGGAAGGUGCAAACAAGGCUCUGUUGAACAUGGUGGGAGAGCGAGCCGAGCUAGAGAAGCAUCUUGAUACACAGACCAAGCAGAAUGUACAGUUACAAAACCUCUGCAGGGCACUUCAGCAGCAGCUAACUGAACUCAGAAUCAAAGAUAAAGCGUCUCAAGCAGAAAACAAUACGAAGUCACAAAAAGGUACAUUGAAUGAGAGCAAGGAGGAGAAGAAAGUGACUUUGAAACCAGUAACUACAGAAUCAACUAAAGCAGAAGAUGAGGAUAGCAGUACAAGUAUCACUGUUAAUCAUAAUCCUGCUGAAGAAGAUCCUGUAGCCUUUGUGGCAUUAACAGACGAGUCUCCCGCUGAAGCCAUGGAGGAAGAGAUUAUUGUGAAACCCGUUAAAGAGAAAGCUGAACCAUUAGUGUCGAAUAACUUUGAUGAGGUUGAUUGAUGGGUUUGAGAUUGUGUUAAAUACUAAACAAUAGUACCCUAUAGUCUGUUUUAUUUGGGGCACCAAAGUCUAUUAUUACAGAUUAUAAAAUUGCGCAAGUUUGUAUCAGUUAUUUUAGCUUUUAGUGCGUGAAGUCUAGAUAAAGUUUUUUUUUUAAUUUCAUCAAUAAUGUUCAUUGCUCUGAAACAUGAACUCUUAACAGUCAUUAGAGAAAUCUUACCUCUUCCCUUCAAAAGUUACCUCUUGCACCAUUUACAUCAGAUUGUUAAAAUUCUUUUGUAAUUGAUUUUUGGAGGCAAUGAGUCGCAAUAACGUGGCUUAAGUAUGUUGACCAGACCACACACUAGAAAAUGAAGGGACGACAACGUUUCGGUCCGUCCUGGACCAUUCUCACGUCGAUUGUGGUCCAGAAUGGUCCAGGACGGACCAAAACGUCGUCGUCCCUUCACUUUCUAGUGUGUGGUCUGAUCAACAUUGAUUUUUGGACUUCACAAAAUGAAAGGUAAACUACUGUAAAUGUUAUUUACUAGUCACAUGAAAAUCUUCAAAAAGGUACAUUUAAUAAUUUUGAUUAAUGGCAAAUUUUUUUCCCUACAAAAGUUUCAUUGAAAUUA